AUGAACCGCGCUCCCAUCAUCGUACCCAUCUGGGAGUCUGCAGCGCCGAUCAGCCUCCAGAGAUCCCCAAUCACAGUUCCCAUCUGGCAGUCAACGCCUGUUUCGUCACAUAAGCCAUAUCAGCAUAGUCAGAUAAACGCCGAACACAUCGCAGAUAUCACUGGGAAACUUUACCAAGCUGCGCAAUCGUCUAUAGUGGCUGACGUCGCCUACUAUGUCGGUCUAUGGGAGGAGUUGCACGAUUGUCAUUGGAGUUACAUGCGUAGCCACAGCACAGAGAAAUCGGCUCAAUGCUGGCCGGAGUUCAUCAAGGGUAAGUUCGGGAACAGAACUGACGCCGUCUUGGAAAUGAUCUACCGAGGUCAUGUCAACACAGUCAAAUCAAGCUCAGAAUGGAAGCUCUUGGUAAGGUUCGACCGAGUCCGUGACUGGCUCGGCCAUAGUGGACCUGUCAUGUUUCUUCAACUUGGCCCAGAAGUCGCGAUUUGUUCAAAGGCCCUCAAGACAAUCCUGAAGCUUCUCGAUCAUCCCAAUGCGCCGACCUUCUCAGGUGCCGAGAUCCUGGCUGAAAUUUACAAUGUCAUGAUGCAACGAAACGCAACGUCAGAGACACCAACUUAUCCGACACUUCGAGACGUACAAGAGGCCCAAGGUAUUUUGUGA